AUGAAGGAAGAAAAGAACGAUGAGCCUGCUUUUCAAAUAAAUUCAUUAGAAAAGCCACACUCAUUUAUCAAAUUUUUAUGGAAAAUACUCAAAGAGUCUAUUUUUGGUGGAUUUUCGUGCCUUUAUGUUCCAAAAAAAAAGUCGUUUUCAAACCUGAAUACACAAAAAAUCAUGGAAAUAUUGAUAAAUAUUAUUGUUUUCUUACAAAUUUCAAGACUUAACUGAAGAAUUAACCUGAAUCCAGACAACCAAAUUUUGAAGCAUUGAAAAAUUAUUGGAUAUGCAAGUUUUGAUCAAAUUUGCGCAGAGUCAGGGACUUUAUAUAUAGCUCUUUCCCUUGAAUAGCUCGAUAACGGGAUGAAGCCAGCCCGUUAUCUGGCUAUUCAAGGGAAAGAGCUAUACCUGCUUUGUAGGGUUUUCAGUUACAGUUUGGGUAUGUGCCUUAUUUAUUCUAAUUUUUUCAAUUAUGAGCUAUUAUAAAAAAAACACUAACGACUACCUGACUUUUUUUCCGAGAUUUUUAGUAACAUUUUUAUCAACUAUAGGAUUUGUCCCUUUUGUGUUAUAAUAAUAUAUGUGGGGGACCUUUAGUUGGUUCACCGAGAGAAGGAAGGAUAGCCGUCGAAAUCUGCCCGAAAUCGAGAGGCUAUAAAGAACAAGACUCAUGGUGGAUGACGUGUGCUGGCGGAUUUACUUGAAGCAGGACUGGAUGCCUGUCUAGGUAUUGUGAGAGUGGAUGGUUAUUUCAAAAAUAUGAAUAAUUAAGUCCCUUUUGUGCUAACUUUUAUGCUUACUCUCAAAUACUCAAGCAAAAAUGAUAAUACAGUAGAUGAAUACCAAAACUGUGAAAAUUGCAACCUAAACUGAGGCAAUUAUGGACAAUUCGCCUCAGUUUUUGGCUUGAUAUGAAUAUUUGCAAUAACACAUGGAGACAAAAUUUUUGGUGCAAGCUUAAGACAUGCUUUUAAAGACCAAAAUUUGAGGUCGAGGUCACAUUCAAAAUUAAGCAUUGAGACGAAUUUUUUUUACUUUUUGGCUGUAGUUGUUUACGCUUUGUUUAAUUCUUAUAGUUAUUAUCUACAUCAAGCUUUGCUUAUUAUUUAUCCGAUUAUACUUAAUUACAAGUAUAUUAAGUAUAUUCCUUAUUACAAUUCAAUAGAAAAUGAAAUUUCUAUAACUCAAAAUACAGGGAUCGCGACUGUAUCUGCAAUAUUUGUGCUUGGGAAUGCUACAGAAAAUGAUUAUAUUACGGUUUGGCUAUUCUGGAUGGUUUUGCCUCUUAUCGUAUAUUUUGCUUUGAAUUUCUCAAGAAAACAAUUUAAGCUGCGCCUUGAUAUAACUGAUAAGGUUUUGAAGGAUCAGUAUGAUUUUGAAUAUUUUAUGAGGGCGAGACUGUUUGAAAAUGAGGUUUCGAACCCUAAUGAUAUCAUAACUCCCCCCCCCUCCGUGAGUGAACAAAAAAAUUUUGUUCACUCACGGAGGGGGGGGGAGUAAAUAAAUUUUCUGGGUCUUCAAAAAUCGCAGGAUUUGACCCUGAUAAGCUGUUUGCUGUGUGGGAAACUUAUUAUUGCAUAGAUGUGCUAUCAGAUGAAAGAUUGGGUAGAAUUAAGCUAAAUAAGGCAUUUUACAUGAGAUCAACACUUGAAGGCGAUUUUCAAGUCUGAAAAUGUAAAAAUACCUUACCCCCUCCGUGAGCGUUUAAACCAUUAGAAAAACAAAAACCCACACUCUCCGUGAGCGAACAAAAAUUUUUUUUUUGACAUAUAAGUGAUAAUUAGUACAAUGAAAUAUCGAGCUAAUUCUGUUUAAUUUUUAAAAAAAUUGCAUUUUAAAGCAUAAAAUUUAUAAAUUAAAUUAAUAUUUGCUUUCCAAUUUUUGCGAUUUAGGAUUUUUUAAUUUCGAAAAAAAAAAUUUUCUAUAAAUUUUAUAUAUAAAUUAAAAAAAAAAUUAGCCCCCUUUGUUAGCGAACAAGAUUUUUUGUUCGCUCACGGACGGGGGAGUUAGAAGAGCACUCAAUUGGGUUCUAUGGCGACAUAAGCAUACUUUAUUAUAUUUUAGAGCUAGAAAGCAUUAAGGAAAAAGACGAAUUUUUAUGUCACAAAUUGCUCGAUUUUUGAGGAGAAAUAACAGCUGAUAAGCCAAGAAUGGGAAAGCUUUAUUAUCUUUCAGGAGAAUUAUCAAAGACUUUAGACGAAGUUAAGAAAAGGUAUGCAGACUUGGUGAAAAGCUUCCCAAAUAAUAUAUAUUGUCAUGAACUUUAUGGGUCUUUAUUAAUGGAUAUACUUACUCCCCUAAAAUAUUUUCGCUUCCUUAUUGAGGUUUUUUUAAAUCUAUAUCAAAAAAGAACUAAUUUUUAAAUAUUGAAAAGAAGUUUAUAAUCCUCUUUUAUUAAUAUAAUUAAAGAGAAAAUUUAUUAUAAUAAUUAUUCAUAUUUAUUAAUUUUUAAUUUUUUUGCCUGAAGGUGUGCUAUUCAUUAAUAAUUUUUUUUCCCAAUACUUAUACUCGCUUAUAGGCAGGGAGCUAGAGAUAAUGCUUCUGGGUUUAAACUUAUAAACAAAAAAGAAAGCUUUGUUUCGUUACAUAAAGAAGCCUCCAAAGCGAAGUUUUGGAAGUUUUCUGAAAUUAAUGGGUUUCUUAUUGUAUCUGCUGACCCUAAACUAUUCGGAAUAGUUGUCUAUGCGAAUUCCUGUGCAGGCCAGAUAUUAUCCCAACCAGCAAAUCAUAUAAUAGGAUCCAAACUUAGCAAUUACAUACCUGAUCCAUUUUCUAGGAAUCAUGAUGAAUAUUUACGUAGAUAUCUUAUAAACUGCAAAAGCCCAGACGUAGAAUCUAUUAUGUCUUAUUUUUUAAAAAACGAGCGAGGCUACCUAGUCGGCUGUGACUUUAAAAUCAGUCUCGUUUCCUUAAUAAAUCACGUCUACUUUGUUGUAUCAUUGGAUGCAAAUGCAAAGCACCGAGAAUUUGCGUUAGUUUCAGAAAUUGGAGAAAUUUACGCUCAUAGUGAACUAUUUCCUCAAAUUAUUUCCCAAAAGAAAACAAGCGUCACCAAAGAACUUAUCGAUAAUUUGAUACCUGGGGUGACUUAUUCUUCAAUGAAGCCUCUUGAGCCUUGAAUUGUUUCUCUUCACCACAAAGAAAUUCUGAUAGUAAAAAUCCAGCACCACAUAUUGUCAACUUCGUUUAAUUUUUUAAUAUUAGUCAAUGACCGUUUUGAAAUUGAAAUUUGAAAAAGAGGAGAGGAUACAUUUCAACUAGGAAAUACGGAAGAGAAUUUUUCAAGAGAAAUAACCUCAUAUACUGAUAUGAAAAGAGUUUUGCACGUAAAUAUAUGCUCAAAAGCGUCUAAGAUGUCAGCUAUUUAUUCAAUGUCAAUGUCAGAGCUAGGUAUAGCAAUUGAUAAAGAAAAAUAUGAAAAUGAGGAUAAUCAAGAAAAUAAGAGCAGCGUCAAAACCCUAUCAGUGUCUCAAGCAAGCAACGCUACAUAUAUUAUUUUAAGUAAUAGAGAUUUAGGUAUAAGCCAAAGGUUGGUCAAAGAAUCAGAAGUAAUGCUGAAGCUCUUCAAAUGGAUUUUAUUUUUUUCUGUAAGGCUCAUGCAGACUUUAGCUAUUAUCAGCAUGAAUAUAAUACUUUUGGUAUAUAUUUAUCAGCAGAUAGCUCAUUCUAAUAACCUCAGUAUUGUUAAAAAUUUUGCAGGGAUAAUGCAAGAGGUGUCUGUAGAAGCUUACCUAGCACAUGCAAUAGAUUUAAGUACUAAUUAUACAAGUAUGGAUCGGUCUUAUUAUAAAGCUCAGCUUAUUGAUAGCUUAGAAAAGCUACGAAAAUUGCAGCCAACAAUUUUAGAUGACUAUAGCAGAUGGAGUUAUUGUGAUCACUCAGCUGUGGUAACAGAAAACAUAAUACCUGUUUAUAAUCAAGGUCAUCCAAAUUUUGUGUCUUUUUCAAAUCUUUAUGACUUUGUUUCUGAGGUACUUAAACAUGUAUUUUUUAUAUAGGGCAAUGCAAUUGUAAACGCAAUGGACUCAGGAGAAGACUAUAUUUAUGAUGAAUUUUUUAUAAUAGACAAUGGAAUAGGAGGAGCAUCAGUUAUGCUAAAUUAUACUUUUGAAGGCCUCAUUAGCUGUGAAAUCGAAAAAUUAGACACCAAUGAAAGCGGAACAAAAAUUUGUGUUUAUAUGGGUCUGCUAUUUUUAUGUAUUCUUGGCUCAAUCCUUAUUUUCUUCUCUUUCAAGCUCGAUAAGAAAUAUGAUGCAUUAUGAAGCUAUAUACAAAAUCAGGCAAAUUCUGCAUAUAUCGAGCUUUACCAAUCCUCUCUAAAUAGACUGUCUACUUAUCAUAAUUAUUGUUCAGAACAAGACGAAAUUGAAAUUCGAAAGAAGAAGAAAAAAAUAAAGCCGAAUGGUUUUAAAACAAAAAUUUACAUAAAGUUUAUAGGACUUUGUGCAAUUAUUGUAGUAUUGACGUCAGUUUAUUAUUUUGUGGUUGGGUAUAUAUUUUAUCCUUUAUGCAAAGAAAAUCUGGUUAAGCGCUAUAUUUUGCUUGGGGCUUUUUUGCAUAGAAUUUCUGUAGUUUCUGAGAUGACAUACUGGACUAGUGAAUUAGCCUUCCAUGGUGAUGAUUCUUUUACUCCCCCCUUCGUGAGAAAAAAAAUUUUGUUCUUACAGAGAGGGGUAAAUUUUUUCUUUUUAAAUUUUAUAUAUAAUUUUUUUAUUUCAAAAUUUAAAUAAUUUUUAAUAUGUAAAAAUUAAUUUAAUUUGCAAAAUUCAUGUUUUAAAAUUCAAGCUGUUUAAAUUAAACAAAAUUAGCUAGAGAUUUCGUUAUAAUAAUUACUUAUAUAUCAAUUUUUUUCCAUGAAAGUUUUUUAUAAGGAUCCCCCCCCUCAUUUGUCCAAUUUUCUAGUCUUUUAUCAUUUGUCCAUUUUUCUAGUUUUUUGACCUCAUUUGUCCAAUUUUCUAGUCAAAAAUUUUGAUAGAGAAAAAAAAUUUUCAGGACCUCAAUUGUCUCAUUUUCUAAUUUUUUUAAAGUAAAAAACUAGAAUUUAGGGCAUUCGAAAAAAUCCAAAAAAGACUAGAAAAUUGGACAAAUCAUUUUUGACUAGAUUUUGAGACAAAUGAGGUCCUGAAAAAAAAAUUUUCUUAUAAACAAAAACUAGAAAAUUCGACAAAUGAGGGGGGGGAUCCUUAUUAAAAAAAUUUUUUGUUCACUCAUGGGUUUUUUGGCAAAAAAUAGGAUUUUUCCAAUGGUUUUGUUCGCUCAGAGAGGGGGAGUUAGAACAAAUUCCGGCUUAGAAUAUCCAUUUUCCGACCCUGACACUAUGUUUGGCGACUCAAUCUUUCGAUUUAACCUUUUAAGCAAAAUUAUUAUUGAUCCAUCCUAUAGAAACAUGUACUCAAAGACCCUAAAAUGAAAAUUUUUUGAAGGGAAUUCAAAAGACGUUGACUCAAUUUUUGCACAAGGGACUUAUGCAGCUUCAAAUGCGCUGGUUUUUGAUGCAUCGUUUAUGUCUUUUUCUAAUGCCGAUAAUUUAGACUUAAGGAUGACGAAAUUUAUACAAAGAAUGAGUUCUCUUCAAGGAUCAAUUCAAGAGAGAACUAUAGUUGUAGACCAUGAUUCAAGGUUUUAUGUCGAAAAUCAGUUCAAUUCUUUUUUCUUUAUUACUAUUUGGUAUUGCGGGUUUUGCUUGGUUUUAUUUUUGUGCUUGUAUUCGCCUAUGAUAAAUAGAGAAAAAAGAAAAUUGAAUAAAUUGCAGGAAAUAUCAGCAUUGAUACCUCCUUCUUUAGAUAAUAAAAAUAAAAGCAAUAAUAAAUAA